GAUAUGGCGUCACUGAAAAGUGUAGGAGUCGAGAAACUUCAUCCAUGUAAAUAACGUCAAGAGGAAAGCCUGUGUCAAGCUGUAGGUAGCAACACUCAGUAAAUAGCUAUUAAUAUUAACCACCUUAUUUUUAACUAUGCCCCGGAAAAAGCCAUUUAGCAACAAACAGAAGAAGAAACAGCUACAAGUCAAACGGGAGAGAAAGAGAGGUGACACAGGUUCAGGGCCAAGCAGCCGCAAUGCCAGUGUGGAGCGAGGGGGAGAGCGACAGUCGGACACCUCAGACAGUGAGACCACUGAUGUUAGGAAGAUAAAUCAACAGCCCUUCAGCAGAGAAGGUAGAUAUGAUCCUAACAGGUUCCGACUGCACUUUGAGAAAGAGAGUAAAGAGGAUGUGGAAAAGAGGAAGAAGCUGGCCAGGGAGAAGGUGCUUCAGCCAGUCUCAGACAAAGAAUAUGAGAUCAGCAUCAAUGACAUCUACCCCUCAGAGAAAGGUCUUGGUUUCCCACGACGGCCAUCCUGGAGUUAUGAGAUGACACGAGAGAACCUACUGAGGAAAGAGGAGAAGUCGUACAGAGAGUACCUGGACGACCUGCACUCCAGAAACCCAGCCGGCACUCUCAGCCACUUUGAGCACAAUCUGGAGACAUGGAGGCAGCUGUGGAGAGUGUUGGAGAUGUCAGAUGUCAUCCUGCUCAUUGUGGACAUCAGGCACCCGGUGCUGCAGUUCCCUCCAUCCCUGUACCACUACAUCACAGGAGAUCUAGGGAAGCAGGUGGUCCUGGUGUUGAACAAAGCCGACCUGUGUCCUCCCCCGCUGGUGAUUGCCUGGAAACACUACAUGACCUCCCAGUUCCCCCACCUGCAAAUAGUCUGCUUCACCUCCCACCCUGGACAGCCCUACAGCACAGUGCUCCAGAAGAAGAGGAUGAGGAAGAAGGCUGACUGGAGUCACGCUGGAGGUCCUUUAGAUAUCCUGAAGGCCUGUCAGGAGAUCACAGCAGGGAGAGUUGACCUAUCCAGCUGGGAGAAGAAAAUUCAGAGAGAUGCUGUUGCCGAGCCUCCGGAUGGAGAGCGGUCAGAUGAAGGAGCGGAGUCUGUGCUGAUGGAGCAUCAAAGUGACAGCGCUAUGGAAAUGAGCAGCCCAUCCCAGGAGCUGUACAAAGAUGGGGUUCUCACACUGGGCUGCAUAGGCUUUCCGAAUGUUGGUAAGUCAUCUGUUAUAAACAGCCUGGUGGGGAGGAAGGUGGUGAGCGUGUCCCGAACCCCAGGCCACACCAAAUACUUCCAGACCUACUACCUCACCCCAACAGUCAAACUGUGUGACUGCCCUGGACUGGUUUUCCCCUCCCGUGUCAAUAAACAGCUGCAGAUUCUGGCAGGCAUCUACCCGGUGUCUCAGCUGCAGGAGCCCUACAGCUCAGUUGGUUAUCUGUGCGAAAGGACCCCUUUCCACUCUGUGCUGAAGCUCAAACAUCCCUCUUUGUUGGAGAACAAACCCCAUGAAGUAAACCAGGGGUCGGAAGAGCUCAGCUGGACUGCCUGGGAUGUGUGCGAGGCAUGGGCAGAGAGGAGAGGCUAUAAGACAGCAAAAGCUGCUCGCAACGAUGUUUACCGUGCAGCUAACAGUCUCCUGCGGUUGGCAAUUGAUGGCAGACUGUGCCUCUGCCUAAGACCACCUGGCUAUAGCUGCCUGAGAGAGCACUGGGAAAAUCACCCAGACCUGCCAGAGAUUAUGGCUCUGCAAGGGAGGACGACAGAGGAGGAAGGAACGGGAGAGAGGGAUGAUGAUGAUGACGGAGAGUCCAGCACUGAGCCAGAGGAAGAGAGAGACCGAGACGCAGAUGAUGAUGAGGAUGGAGAUGAUGAAGAUGAGGGGUUUGGACAUCCAAGGCGGACAGAAGAUAAGCCAUCUGGCUUCACUGUCAACAUGUACAAUGUCCUUCGGGAAAAUGAGUGCGAGUGAUAACGAGACAAGCUGGAAAACCUAAGUUGUUCCCUGACUUCUCCCCUGUUUACUUCAGUGCACUUUUCAUUCCUUUCUCUCCCCUAAUUUUGCAUUCCGUCUCAUUUGUUUUUCUCACAUCUCCACUCCUCAUGCCAUUACCUUCUCUGUACAUGAACAUGAUCUAUUAUAAUUAAUUCACCCUGUUUCCUUCUCCCUAUAAUAUACAGAGCAUAUUCAUGUAUUCCAUGCUGUGCCUCUGCUCUGCUUGUUCAUCCAUGAAGCUUGUUCUUUAGUGUUGCUUUUAGGAAUGGGUUUCGUUUGGUUUGAUUUAAUCUUUUUUUUUUUUUUUUUUUUUU